UAGACAUCCGGGGUGUCUUGGAUGCUCUAGGCGUUUAGAGUCAUGUUGGAAUCUUAGCUAUCCUAGAUGUCUUGGACGCUCUGGAUGGCUAGAGCCAUACUGAAAUCCUGGACGCUAGGAUGUUUGGGAUGCUCUAGACGGCCGGAGUUGUUUCGACAUGUCUGCGGUAUUUUAGAAAAGCUCGAUUCUUGUGGGUUGUUUAGAUGGUUGACAAGUGUCGCAAAUCCGAGCCCCCGUUUAUCUAUAUAAUGGGGAACUUGUCUUUCUUUUUUCACAAACACUUUGAAAGCAAUUGGAGAUCUUGGAGGGAUCAAGAGUAGAGAGAGCAUUUCUGAAGGCUUCGGGAAGGUUGGUUUGGUCAAGAUCCUCCCGUUACACUACACCUAGCUGAACGGGCUGACUGGUUCCUUAGUUUUCCUCGAGCUGAGCGUGCGUGGAGGUUUAUCUUAAGGGACGAGAACUUAAUCAAGACGUCUGUUUAGGGUCAUCUUGUCAGGUGUGAAGAAGAUCGUUGGAUGUCGAAUCUCAAAUAUCAAGUUGAUUGCACUAAUGAAAAAUCGUACAGGGGCAUUCUGGAUAGGCAGAAGCAGCAGAAGAAGAAGAAGAAGCAGGUUGUGACUUCCAGUUCUCACGAGGUUGAGACUGUAAGUGAUGAUGUGCUGCCGCUUGAUCAGGUUGUCCAGAGGCGUGGGAAGCGGACUGCUGAGUCGAACGAGCCCACUUGGACGGAUGGAUCCGUCAACUUUAGUAUUCCUGCCAAUGCGUCUGUUCACACCGGGUAUGACGCUUUGUCUGGGCAGCUCGGGCAGCUCUUGUUGGAUGAAGAUAAGGCUCGGUUGGCCAAAUUUUCUAUGCCGUCCAGGAUGGCACGCAUGGCCUGUGGUCACUCUAUGGCGGCCUAUCAGCACUCUCUGUUCAUGAUGAACGCCUUGGAGGAGGGCGAGAGGAGGGUUGCCGAGCUGGAGAGGGAGAGGUCCUCUUUUGCCUUGGAGAAAGAGAAGGCCCGGAAGGAGUGGUCCUUCUUGGAGCAUUUUCUCCGUGACCAGCUAGCUGCCAAGGAACAGGAGCUUGAAGCUGCGAGGGCCUCAGUGGCGGAGGUGAAGGCUGCUAUGGUUGCGAGGGAGGCCUUAUUUAAGGAGGAAAUGUAGGAUGCCUGUGCCGGGACUCUUGUCUGCUCCCGUGGACAGAUGGCCGAGCAGUUCCGCGCCGGGGAGACGAGCCAGUGGAAUAUUGAUGAGUGGGUGGAUGAAUACCAUCAGUACUUGGCUAUCUGUGAUGGCGCUGCGUUCGAUGGUGACGAUGGUGUUGGUGGCGAGUGAUUGCAUCGCAUUUCUUUGUGUUGUUCGGAUGUGUACGAGCGUGUUGUGCCCUUGGAUAUUUUCUGUAUGGACUUAGUAUUUUCUUAUUGUUUUCUAGUUUAGUUGUGGUCGCCUUGGAGACCAAACUAAAACAUUAUGUAUUGUUGUUUGAUGUUUUUCGGCAUUGCCGACUCGGUUGGGGGUUGUUGCCCUAAAGUAUUAUGUAGUUUGUGAUUGUGGU